AUGGCUCAGGCCCCAGUUGCACUGCGCGUGUGGAGAGUGCAAAAGGCUCUGGUUCUAGAGAGCUGUGGCUGCUGUCCACACCAGACUCUCUCAGGUGCACCAGCAGCUCAGGGACCACAGACUGGAGGCUUCGCUGUACUCUCUGGAAUGGGUGGUCGCCGGCGGUGGCUGUCCUGGGAAUCUGGCACUGAAAAUGUUGCCCUUUCUUCAAGUGUGGGCAUACUCAAACAUUCUCAUGCUUUUAAGCCCCAUGCCAAUGUUCUGGGGUUUGCAGUCUGCAAAUUCAAACCAGAUUUUGACUACACACUCACAUACCACAGAUCUUUGCGUGUCUCCAGCAGUUCAGACAGAACAUUCCCUAAUGGAGUGGACUGGAGGUCUGGACUGCAACAUGUGGUUCUAACAAUUUUCACUGUCCAGUGGUGCUCAAUAAGAGGCUGCCUUAGCCCCACUGGCUGCUCUGAAAAGCCAUCUUUGCAUUGUUCCUGUGUCCGGCUCUUCUUUCGCCGCAACCACCUCCACCGCGCGCCUCCAGUAGCUUUCUCGCCAGAGUCCUCGAACUUUGCUUUCUUUUUAAUCUGCUGCAUCGGAUCACCGGCGUGCCCCAUCUUGUCAGACGUGGCCAUGGACACCAGCUCCAAGAUCACCACCAAGGACUUAAAGGAGAAGAAGGAAGUUGUGGAGGAGGCAGAGAAUGGAAGAGACGCACCUGCUAAUGGGAACACUAAUGAGGAAAAUGGGGAGCAGGAGGCCGACAAUGAGGUAGAUGAAGAAGAGGAAGAAGGUGGGGAGGAGGAGGAGGAAGAAGAGGAAGGUGAUGGUGAAGAAGAGGAUGGAGAUGAAGAUGAGGAGGCUGAGGCAGCUACGGGCAAAUGGGCAGCUGAAGAUGAUGAGGAUGAUGAUGUCAACACUAAGAAGCAGAAGACUGAUGAGGAUGACUAGACAGCAAAAAAGGAAAAGUUAAACUUAACAA